AUGGGCCUUCGAGAAGUGACGUGUGAGGAUGAGCGAGCACUGCAAGAGAUCGCAGACUCUCUGGCGGGCUCGCACAAGAUCUUGCUUGUGACUGGCGCCGGCAUCAGUACCAGCUGUGGCAUUCCCGACUUCCGCUCCAAAGAUGGACUCUACAACAUGAUCCCCGGGCAGACUAUGCUACCGACACCGCCACCAUCAGAACCUUCAACGCCCACGCAUGCGCGGUUCAAAGACCUGACUGGCGACGAGGAACCUUCUUCGUCCCAGUCAAGAAGCAGGCGAGUAUCGUCGAGCCCGUCGUCGAGACUGCGAGGCCAGGACUUGUUUGACUCCCGCGUGUUUCAACAUGCCGAGUCCACCACCAUCUUUUACCAGUUCAUCGCUUCUCUCCGGCAGAAAAUCCGCGACGAGGUACGGUCCACGAGCUCUGUCCACAAAUUCGUCAGGGUGCUGCGUGAUGGUGGUCGGUUGAUGAGGUGCUAUACUCAGAACAUAGACGGUCUUGAGCUAAGAGAAGGACUUGUGGCAGAUCUAGCACGCGGAAAGGGAAACAAGCGCAGGUUCAUGAAGAAGCACUACGAGGCACCCCGUCCUGCACACACGGCCGGCACCGACUUUGAUGGAGGAUGCGAGGUUGUACAACUCCAUGGUGACUUGGAGAAGCUGCGCUGCACCAUGUGCUCUACCCAGUAUCCCUGGACUGAUGAGCAGACGGAGGUCUAUCUCGAGGGGACUGCGGCCGACUGCCCCAAGUGCAGAGACAAGAGCGACGAGCGACAAGCGAGUGGAAAACGAGGCCUGGCGGUGGGAGCGCUUCGACCGAACAUCGUCCUCUAUGGCGAAGACCAUCCUUCCAACACGUUGCUCACACCGCUGAUCCCCUUUGACGCCAGCUGCCAACCAGACGUUUUGGUCAUUAUGGGAACGUCACUGAAAGUUUUCGGGCUCCAGAAGAUUGUACGAGAAUUUGCCAAAGCGGUCCACUCGCACAAGAAUGGCAAAGGACGAGUGAUCUUUGUCAACCGAACUCGCCCUGCGGAGAGUGUGUGGGACGGCAUCAUCGACGACUUUGUCGCCAUGGACUGCGAUGACUGGGUUGACGACCUAAGGAGACGCCGGCAUGAUCUAUGGCUCCGGCAAGGCGAGAUUGAUUUGACAGUGACGAAAUCGCAACAGCCCAAGAGAAAACGAAAGUCCAUGGAAGAAUGUACGGGGAAGGAGAACAGACCCCAGAAGAAGGCCAAGAUCAUCGUGGAUAUCCCUUCUCCGGAGAAGGCCAGACAUACGCCGUCCAGCACUCCUAAAAAGAACAGGCCCGUGCCAAAGACGGCCAAGCUUCCUUCCGACUACCCUGGGCGAGCAAUACUCUCGCCUUUGGCACAAGCGAAAAGACCCCAGAUUUCGCCAUUUACGAGUCCCAUUCGAAGGAUGGAUGAUGAUGGCCUGUUAAGUCCCGUCAAACGAAGCACGCCCUGUCGCCCGCCAUUUUCCCCUCUCACACCUGGCCCUAGUCCUACACGCGCUGGCGGGAUCCAUGACCACAUGGAUCUCUCGGAUCUUCAGCGAGGUACUCCGACGCGACCUGCUUUCUCGCCCUUCACGCCAGGAGUCCGUUCUGGAAGUAAGUUGAAGACGGAGGUGUUUACAGGUGACCACGUGGACAACCAGACCUUGCCCAGCAGCCCUCCUGUCAGCGGCUCACAGACAGAGUCGCUGUUGGAGGAGAAUGACACAAUAGUGGUUGGAUCAAAGAGGGCUAGUGCACUUGCGGCGGGAUCUAGGGACUCCAAUUUUAUGGCACAGAUCUGGCAGCGAGUGAGAUAUGGGCGGGUCUUGUAUCAUGGGCGAGAUCCAGACUCGAUUCAAGCACCGGCUGAAGACGACGUUGCCGAGGUUGAGACACCAUCCAAAGGUCCAAGGGGCCGGAAAGUCGACGUCUUUGCCGACUGA